UUCAGUCUCAGUAUUCAGCUUCAUCAUGGCUGGACGCCUGUUGUUUGUCAUCCUCAUGUGUUCCUUUCAUGAGAUUCAAGUUCAAGCUCUUCCUCCACCUAAACUGACAGUGAAUCCACCGGCGAUCACAGAGACAGACUCAGUCACAUUGAACUGUCAGACUCCAUCAUCUGUUUCUGUGUCUCAGUGUUAUUUCUACACUGUGAGGGAAGAAACCAAAGUCUUCUCUUGUCUGAAGACACUGACAGGGACUGAGCUGCUGUUGAUGGCUCAUCAGAGUUCACCUGCUGUAGUUGAACUGAAAUGUUUUUACGGUGUAAAGUCUGGAGGUUCAGUUUCUCCAUCUCCACACAGUGACACAUCCUCCAUCACUGUAAACAACUUUACUCCACCUAAACUGACAGUGAAUCCACCGGUGAUCACAGAGACAGACUCAGUCACAUUGAACUGUCAGACUCCAUCAUCUGUUUCUGUGUCUCAUUGUUAUUUCUACACUGUGAGUGGAGGAACAGUCAGAGUCUUCUCCUGUCUGAAGACACUGACAGGGACUGAGCUGCUGAACAUGGCUCAUCAGAGUUCACCUGCUGUGGUUAAAGUGAAAUGUUAUUAUGAUGUAAUGUAUCCAUCUCCAGAGAGUGAUUUGUCCACCAUUGUCAUAACUCUUCCUCCAGCUAAACUGACAGUGAAUCCACCAGUGAUCACAGAGACAGACUCAGUCACACUGAACUGUCAGACUCCAUCAUCUGUUUAUGUGUCUCAGUGUUAUUUCUACACUGUGAGGGAAGAAACCAAAGUCUUCCCCUGUCUGAAGACACUGACAGGGACUGAGCUGCUGUUGAUGGCUCAUCAGAGUUCACCUGCUGUGGUUGAACUGAAAUGUUUUUACAGUGUAAAGUCUGGAGCUUUAGAUUCUCCAUCUCCACACAGUGACACAUCCUCCAUCACUGUAAACAGUGUUAUUGACAGAGAGAACAAAAUGAAGAGAGAUGAUGAUUCAACAACUUCCUUUCCCAGUCAAAAACCACAGAUGAGUGUUCAACAUUUUAUCGGUGACUACGUUCACUUCUCUUGUUCACUGCCUGGAUCUGCUGAUAGUGAGACAAGAUGUAAUCUUUACUUUGGAGAAACCAGUCGUCCAGUCCAAACUACAACCAUCAGGAAGACAAAGAGCUCAACUAAGAAAAAGUGGUUCUGUCAGUUCUAUGUCACAAUAGAUGAUUUCCUGAGACAUCUAUGUUUCGUUCAACAAAAGGAAGCCAGUUGUGAUUACAGUUUGGGAAGUGAACACAACUCUUUGUCUCCUCGUAGUGAUGGACGCAACUUGACUGAUAUUGUGGAAAAAGAAUCACCACCCAUUGCCUGCACAACAUCAUCAUCCACUGUGACCACAGGUGUGACUGUAAACAGACCUCACUCUUCCACUCCUGUAACUCCUGUGAAAACACCAUCAGCUGCUGGUGCAACACAUGACACUGGUGGAAAUGCCCCUACUUUCCUAACAUCAGUGGAUCCAGUAACAGGUAGUUUGACCUCUGCUGACACAACUUGUAUGAAUCCAACAUCUGGUGAUGAAACAACAGGUGGACCUAUUAUUCUCAUCAUUUUUUUGGAUCAUAACACUAUCAUGCUUUACUGUCUGACUGUUGGUGCACCAAGGAAAGAUGAGGAACAUUUUAUUUCUAUUUCCCAAACACCAGAGAAACCAGCAUCAGAAAUGGGGAUAUGGAUGUUUGUGAUAGUUGGUGUUGGUGUGGCUGUGGGUGUCAUCUCACUGGGACUGGCACUUCUCUGCAUCAGAAGAAGAAGUGCGAGGCGCUCUGACAAGAGGGCACAAGCCAGCGACACUGGUGACUCAAUGUGCAAGAGAAAUCUUGACUGUGGAGGACCGGUACCUGCAGGUGAUGAUGAAACCUACAGUGUGAUCACCUCAGUACCUGGUGCAACUGUUUAUACAGAUGGCUUACUUGCAGAUUCUGAGAAGCUGAACAGACGAGAACCUCAAAAUGAUUAUUCUGACAUUUACCAUCUGUACUGCACCAUCUCCGAGGAGCCCACUGCAUUAGCCCUGAGGGAUAUGGUGUAUAGCUCUGUGCAGCCACACUGAAGUCUGAGGAACAGACUGACCAAAGAAAUGUUUUAAAACCAUGUGUUGUGUUAAACCUUGUAUCUUUUAUCUUGUGUACUGUAUUUAUGAUGUAAUAGGGAUGGAUUUAAAAAAUGUUGUUGUUUCUUGCAAAAUGUUUGAUACAGGAAAUCGAGGGUGAAAGUUCAUUUCAAUAUUUUUUAUUGUAAACUAUUUGUAAUCAAGUAUGUUUUAUCUUCUGGAAAUAUGCACCAUAAAUAACACAUGUACAUCAGAAAUACGUGCUACAUGAGGUUAUAUUAUAACCUAUGUUCACUGAGAGAGGACAAUCAGGUAAUACACAUCAAUACUGUACAAUACAAUACAUAUUUCAUGCUUUGUAUUACUCUUACUUUCUAUCAUCAGUAGCCACUUAUAAACACGAUUUUGACUUUUACAGAUGACUUUUCAUUUUAUUUUAACCUUGAAUGAAUUUCAAUGAUGUACUUCAGUCAUUUGCCAUUAGGCAUGCAGUAAUUGUUAGGAAGAGACACUUUGUGCGGCAAUAAUAUGCAAUAUUUUUCCUUCAAAAGGCAGCAAAGGGGCUCUGUAGUAUUCUUAUUUAUGGGCGUAGUUUAUGUUGUUAGAACUUGACUACUCUGCUUCAUUUUCUGCAUCAAAUGUCUGCUUCCAUAUGUACUCCUAUUUAACUUUGUAUAUAAUAAAAUAAUAAAAUAAUAAAAUGUAUCUGAACCCACAUUUAAAAAAAAGGUCAAAA